UUGAGCUUGAACUGGUAGUAGUUUGAUGUACGUGAAUUCUGUCGAAAUCCAUGACUUUUUUUUAUGACGCCUACUCUCAUUGUGUUGAUUCAAAAUGAGUCCAUUGUUUGUUAUAAAUGUAUUUUCAUCAUUUGUCUAUUCAUUAGCUGUGUGGACAGUUCCGACCAAUCCUAUCGCAGAGUUUUUCAAUUCAACAGUAGAUUUUGAGGACCUUUCCUUUUCGGGUGUGACGACACACUUUCCAUUUAAUUUUAGGUGCAGAAGUUAUGUGGCUAAAGCUUUUAAAUACUUUCAAGUCCAUCCGGACAUAAUUGCUGUAGCUCCCAAUGAUUUCGUUAAUAUCACUUUUCCCAGCGGAGCUGAAGUCAGCAUUGGAGAAAAGCUUCUCAGAAGUCAAGUAAAAGAACAACCAAGCAAAGUUGUAUGGAAUACAGAUCCUUCUGUGCCAUAUUAUUCUUUGGUUAUGCAAAAUCCGGACGAUCAAGAAUUUAGAAAACAAUCGCAAUCGUGGCUUGUUAUAAAUAUUCCAGGAUGUGAUAUUGAUAAAGGAGACACCGUACUUCGGUACAUGGAACCCUGCCCACCACCAACGAGAGACCCCAUGAGAAUCUCUUUUAUGGUAUUUGCCCAGCCAGAAAAAAUAUCACUGGAUGAUAUUGGAUAUUCAGAAGAGAGGAACUGGUGGUUUGAAGCAAAUGAUUUUCGAUACACGCAUAAUUUGAGCUGGCCGGUGGCAGGAAACCUUUAUUUAUUAGAUGAUUAAUACUUGAAACGUGCAUUUCGAAUCAUUAAAAAUUCGUUCAUCAGAGGAUUCACUACAUUCUGUGUAAACCAGCGUCUCCUAUAUUCAAACAGCACGGAUUUUCAUGACCAUUCCUAUCUAAAAUAAGAAUAUGACGAUGCGUAAUUUUGUAUUUUUAUAGAAACUGUAAUUCAAACUUUGAAAAAAUGAGUCUUUAUUCAACUGUACCAAUUCCCACGCAAAUAAAAAGGAUUAUUUUUUUAUGUA